UUGUAUACGUUGUUCAGUUUUUAUUUUAUUUUAUUUUUUUGUUUGUUUUAACAAUGGUCGUGUCAGAGGCCGAUAAAACACUUUUUGUUGGGAAUUUGGAUCCAAGAGCAACGGAGGAGCUUCUGUUCGAGCUGUUUUUGCAGGCAGGGCCAGCCGUUAAUGUGAAAAUUCCUAAAGAUAAGGAUGGGAAACCAAAACAGUUCGCUUUUGUAAAUUUCAAACAUGAAGAAUCUGCUCCAUAUGGGAUGAAUCUGCUAAAUGGGAUCAAGCUCUUUGGGAGACCUCUGAAGAUUCAAUUUAGAUCAGGAAGCAGCCACCUUUCUCAGGAUACAAGUAAUACAGCCUUAGUACCACAGGGACAUGGAAAUGACAAUGAAUGCUCCGCCAUCAACACCUCAUCAAAUGGCAGCAGAUAUGAUAAUGGAGAAUACUAUGGGAGUAGAUCACCUGGUACAAGUUUACAAAGGUCCUACUCUUCCCCGGAUGAUCUUCAGAGGCAAGCAGUGAUGAAUAACUUUAUGUGGCAGCAUUCUCCUCAUGGAUCACACGCACCAACUCAAUCGGGCCUCUCUUCUUCAUCCUCCUAUCUGUACAGUAGUCACUAUACCCAGAACGUUUCCCCACAACGACAUGAUUUCAGCUUUGCCCAAAGUAAAAGCAGAAGCAGUGGAUCCCACCCUUACUUAAACGAAGAGCGAUACCACCAUAGAGAGGCAUGCCACAGGGGCAAUAUGGAAGAUUAUUACAAUGAACGGAGAGUUGAAAGUACAAGCCGUGAACGCAGAAAUGAAAGCAGGUGGCGCUCCUCAAGAUAUUGAGCUUAAACUUUGAAUCUUGAUACCAGCAUUGGGCACAACAUGGGAGUAAAUUAGCCAACUGAGAAUUUCUAAUAAAAUCGGCUUCGGUUUAAAGAAUAAACUGUACAUUUUGAUGAUUAAAAGAUGAACCGGAAAAUACCUUGCAGUAAUUUCAUCAUAUGAGAAGAAAAUGAGUAAAAAAAAUGAAAGGUUUUAUGUGGAAUAAACAAUUUUAUUUGUAUCUGAAUAAACAAUUCACUGAAA